AUGAACAUUGUAGCCGAAAUACCCGAGGUAGCCAGAGCCAGCUUUGUGCCAGAAGAAUUGGGAGACAACAUGACAGAAAUCUCUUCUUCUGCUGCUGCCAACGGCCUACUAGUAGACGACAUGAUUCCAGAAGGGUAUCGCCAGCCUUCUCCUUUUGAUGAGGAUGACUAUAGUACCGCAACCGAAGAAGGGUUGAGGGGUAGCUCUGCCAGUUCCUGUACUUCUACGGGCAGUGUGGGCAAGGAAACAUUUCCAGAAUCAAAAUUUUGCGACCUCAAGCCAUCCGCACAUCUAUUCACACCCCAACCAAUCAAGGGUCUAUUGACGAGCAGUGGUAGCAUGCCCCCCAACUUUCAGCCGUACGAGAGCUUCUACAAUGUGCC